AUGUCGUCUCCUAUUGCCGUUGUUGGGCUGGCAUGUCGCCUGCCUGACGAUGUAUCCUGCCCAGAGGAACUGUGGCAGGUGAUUUUGGAACAAAGAGACACCCUUUCCGAGCCUGGUGAUAGAUGGAACACAGAUGGCUUCCACCACCCCGGGCGCAGUAAAUCACGGACGACGGCAAGCAGGAAAUCACAUUUCCUCAAGAGGGACGUGAUGGCUUUCGACGCGCCGUUUUUCAAUGUCAACGCGGCCGAGGCGUUAUCAAUGGCGCCGGAACAGCGCAUCGUGUUGGAGGUGACCUACGAGGCUCUGGAAAACGCAGGUCUGACCCUGGAGGCUGUGGCUGGGUCCAAAACCGGUUGCUACGUCGGAACUUGCGGUACAGACUACAGAGAUAGCAUCGUCCGGGACACCGAGACGGCACCACGAUACACGGCCAUUGGUUUCACCAACGAGAUGCCCGCCAACAGAGUGUCAUGGUUUUAUAACAUGAAGGGCCCUAGUAUGACGCUCUCGACGGCAUGCUCCUCCAGCCUGUCCGCGAUCCACGUGGCAUGCCAGGGGCUCCUUACGGGGGAGACGGAUAUGGCGGUGGCUGGAGGCGUCAAUCUGAUGUUGAACCCUGAUAUGCUGAUUUUCUUGAAUCGCAUGGGCUUUAGCUCGCCCGAGGGCCGUUCCAAGUCCUUUGAUGCGUCAGGGGACGGGUAUGGUCGCGGUGAGGGCUGCGGAAUUGUGGUGCUCAAACGUCUCGACGACGCUAUUCGCGACAAGGAUCCCAUUCGCGCCAUCAUUCGGGGCACCGGUAUUAAUUCAGACGGCUAUACACAGGGGUUCACCACCCCAAGCACCGAAAGUCAGGCCGCGUUGAUCAGGGAGGUGUACAGCCGGGCGGGCCUGGACGUGGCCGAUACCCAAUUUUUCGAGUGUCACGGCACUGGCACCAAGGUCGGCGACCCUCUAGAGACGAAGGCGGUCUACGAGACGAUCGCGGCGAAGAAGUCGCAGCCGUUGGUGAUCGGCAGUGUGAAGCCCAACAUUGGUCAUUUGGAAAGCGCCUCGGGCGUCGCGGCACUCAUCAAAUCCAUAUUGGCUCUGGAAAAGGGCCUAAUCCCACCGCAGGUCUUCUUCAAAACUCCAAACCCGGCGAUACCCUUUGAGGAAUGGAACUUGAAAGUGCCGACGACGCUCAUGCCAUGGCCGGCCACGCGGGGCCCUAGGCGUGUGAGCAUAAACAAUUUUGGCGUGGGUGGCACCAACGCACAUGUCAUCGUAGAUAGCGCGCCCCCGAGGCGCGGCGGCGGCGGCCAGGAGUCCACGGGGCGGAAGAAGCAACGGCUCUUUGUAGUCAGCAGUCGGGACAACAGCGGCGUCGUCCGGGUCGCACGGUCGCUGGCGGCCUACCUCGACAAACACUCGGCCAAAGCCUCUCCCGUGGCCGACCUCGCGUACACUCUUGGUAGCAAACGGUCGCGUCUGCCGUGGAAGACCUUUUGCAUCGCGAGCGGGCCUACCGAUCUGCGGGCCAACCUGCUCGCCCUGACCGCCGACACGGCUGUAAGGGCCAGCGGCGCAGGGCGCAUCGGCUUUGUUUUCACCGGCCAGGGCGCCCAGUGGGCGACGAUGGGUCUGAAACUAAUGGAAUUUCCCGUCUUCAAACGCAGCUUUGAGCAGUGCCAGAGCUACCUCAAGGACCUGGAUUGUCCAUGGGAUGCCGCCGAGGAACUUAGCAAACCGGUCGAAACCAGCCGCAUCAAGUCUCCGUGGUUAAGUCAACCGAUGUGCACCAUAAUCCAGAUCGGCCUGGUGGACCUUUUGGCCUCGUGGAAUGUCACACCGGCAAAAGUGGUCGGUCAUUCGAGCGGCGAAAUAGCAGCCGCCUACUGCGCCGGUUUCCUUUCGGCGCGGGAGGCGGUCGAGGUAGCCUACCUUCGUGGCAAGUUGUGCGCCGGCCUCAUCGAGGACGAGGGCAGAAACGGAAGCACGGGAGGUAUGCUCGCGGUGGCCUGCUCACGCGAAAAGGCCGAAGAGCUCAUUUCCGAGGUGGACGCGGGGUAUUUGACGGUUGCCUGCGUUAACUCACCCUCCAACGUUACUAUUUCUGGUGAUGUGGCUGCCAUCGAACAACUGCAUGACAAACUCAAGACCAUGUCCGUGUUCGUGGCCCGGCUCAAGGUUGACGUGGCCUACCACUCAAACCAUAUGCAGAAAAUCUUCCCCGACUACGUGCAGUCCUUGGCGCAGCUGCAUCCGUCCGGUAGCGACCGCAACAUUACCAUGGUAUCGAGCGUGGAGGCGGCUGAAGUGGACGCCGAGGCCGUCAACGGCUUCUACUGGGGACGCAACCUGGUGUCUCCGGUCCUCUUCUCGGAUGCUCUGGCAGAGCUGGUCAGGCCGGGUCAAGGCCCUAGCACCGUUGAUGUGCUAGUUGAGAUUGGACCGCACGGAGCGCUCAAAUCAAGCGUGGGGGAGAUCCUCGCGACUAUCAACGCCAAGGCCGUCGAGCACAUGUCAUCGCUGUCGCGCGGUAAGGACGAUCAGCUUAUGGUGUUGACGCUGGCCGGCAACCUGUUCACGCGCGGCAUCGACAUCGACAUGGAUCAGGUUAACGGCGCCGGGACGCUGCUCACCGACCUGCCGCCGUAUCCGUGGCAGCACUCGAAACGUUUCGAUGCGAGUUCACGUAUAGCCCGCGAGUAUAAUAUGAGGGACUACCCGCCUUCGAGUCUCCUGGGCGCCCCAAUGCCCUCAGUCGGUCCGGGGGAGCACAUUUGGAGGGGCUAUUUGGAUUUGGCCGAAGAGGGCUGGGUGCGCCAUCACGUUAUCGGAGGUGCCAUAUUGUAUCCCGGCGCCGGUCUUGUGGCUAUGGCCUUGGAGGGAGCUCGUAGACUGGCCGAUCCGGGACGCACUAUACGCUCCGUUAAAUUGCGUGACGUGGCCUUUGGGCUGGCCACCAUCGUCAAUGACGAGCGGGCCACUGAACUUGUCCUACACACCCGGCCACAUAUACUCGGCACCCUCGGCUCUAGCCCGGCUGCGUGGCUCGAAUUCAGCAUCUCAUCUUCGGGCGGUCCCGACAUGCCCCUGCGCGAGAACUGCCACGGUUUAAUGCGCAUCGAAUACGAAGGCGUCGGAGACGGGGAGGAAGAAGCCGCCGUCAGCUCAGCCCUGGUUGACUAUCAGGCCGCCGCGGCCGCUUGCACCGACGAGCUAACCGUCGAGGACUUCUAUCGUGACGCGGCGGCCACUGGCCUCGGGUUCGGCCCAACCUUCCAGAACAUGCAAAAGAUUUGGUACCGUCCAGGCGAGGCCGUCUACCAGAUCCGCAUCGCCGACCCGGGCGAGACUUACAGCUCGGCGCAGCCAGGCCGCACGCACUUCAUCCACCCAACCACCAUGGACUCGAUCGUGCAAACCACCUUCGCCGCCAUGUAUGCCGGGCCGGGCAAGCCCGUCACCGAGCUGUUUAUCCCCACUUUUGUCAAAGAGCUCGAGUUCUCUGCCGAUCUGCCCUUUGACGUCGGCACCACCCUCCAAGGCUUCACGACGGCCAAGGCGCAUGGAAUCGGCGAGAUCGACGCCACCAUGGACAUUUUCGACGACCAGUCGUCGAGGCGCUACGUCAAGAUCCGCGGCUACCGAGCCACCGCCGAGGCAAGGUCUGAUACCAGCGGCGAGGUCGUGUCCGACAUUAAGCCGGGGUUGGCCUACUCAACUCGCUGGGAAAACUCUCUCGACCUCGUUUCCCGGGAGGAUCUAGUCAAGGUCGCGACAGGCCAGACCCCAGACGAAAGAUUGGCGAAGAUUGUUGCCAUGAUCCUCCACCAGUCUCCCAACACCACUACCCUCGAAGUUCUGGACGGGAAAAGCCGUGCGAUCCAUCCGACGAUUGUGGCAGAUCCCCGGCCGCAACAGAUAAAAUACGCCGUUCUAGAAGGCUCACCAGCUCCUGAUGUUGACGGCGAGGUCUUGGAGUUGAAGCCUGGUAAAGCCGCCGAGACACAAUUUGAUCUCGUUAUCAUUGGUCAGGGUAGCAGCCAGAGCCUCAACGACCGAGUAAUCUUUGAUCACAUCCUGGGUCAUGUUAAGCCUGGCGGUCGGAUCAUCUUCGGCUUCGACUAUGAACAGCUCAGUAGGGCGGCGCUGCCGGGGGCCCAGGUUGACGUUCUCGGCCACGGCAGCGAUGCUGCGACCAUCUUGACUGUGCCUCUAUUGACCAACGGCCAUGCUGCACCUGCAAUGACGAAUGGCCACACUACUCCUCCACUGACGAACGGCCAUGCCCCCGUUGCCGUCAACGGUGACACCACAUCUUUCCAAGAUAAGGUUCUGCUCGUCCAGCCAGCGUCGCCAAAUGGCGCAGUGCAGUCAUUUUCUGGACAGUUGGCUCAAGUUCUUCAGGACCAGGGGUUCGAGACCGACACCGUUACAUGGAGCCCGGAGGUGGCAUCGGCCGCGCCCGUGAAACAUGUCAUUUCUCUACUUGAGUUGGACACCCCGUUUAUGGACAGCCUUUCCCAAUCCGACUUUGAUCUUUUAAAGGGGCUCGUCCUCAAGGCUGAAAGCCUCCUCUGGCUGACUGCGUUGAGUGGCCCGUCGGCGUACGUCAUCGACGGCGCCCUGAGGGUUGCCAGGAGGGAGCUCGGCAACCAGCAACUUAAAGUGCUGCACAUGUCGUCGUUGGACAACGGCCCCGCUCUCGCAGUCAAAGCACUGGUCUCUGACGAAACCGAGUUCCUCCAAGACGAUCAAGGCUUUCUCAAGAUUGGCAGGGUUGUUGAAGACCACAACCUCAACGCCCAAGUCUCGUCAUAUGAGGGUACCGGCACGCAUAUGGAAUCGAUAGCAGCCUGUGGACUUCCUCUUAAACUAAGCAUUUCCAAGCCCGGGCUGUUGGACACUCUCUACUUUGGUCCCAGAGAAGAGCCGGCUGAGUUGAAGGAGAAUGAGGUCGAAAUCCAGAUUAAAGCAUCUGGAAUGAACUUCCGAGACGUUAUGAUUUCCAUGGGCCUGAUCAAUUAUCCUCACCUUGGAUUUGAAGGCGCUGGCGUUGUAUCCAGAACGGGAAGUAAAGUAACAAACGUUCAAGUUGGGGAUCGUGUUAGUGCGCACGUUUUUGGUUCCCACUCCAACAUCGUCCGGACCAUCGAUAUCUGGUGCGCAAAAAUACCGGACAGCAUGUCUUACCAAGAAGGAGCCUCGCUUCCUGUGGUUUUCACCACGGCUUACCACGCGUUGGUAAACAUUGCAAAAUUGCGUCCAAAACAAUCCGUCUUGAUCCACGCCGCUGCCGGAGGUGUUGGGCAAGCUGCUAUCCAAAUAGCUCGGCAUCUGGACCUGCAGAUUUACGUUACGGUCGGUUCCGAAGACAAGAAGGAGCUAAUCGUCAACCGCUAUGGUAUUCCCAAAGAACACAUUUUCGAUUCGCGCAGCGCCAGCUUCGUUAUGGGUAUUAAGCGUGUUACAGGUGGCCGCGGUGUGGACUGCGUCCUUAACUCCUUAUCUGGCGAACUUCUUCGGCAAUCCUGGUAUUGCCUGGCACCCCUUGGUACGUUUGUCGAAAUCGGCAACCGCGAUAUCAACGACAACACAAGAUUGGAUAUGGCUCCUUUCAGUGCCGGGACUACCUUUACCUCUUUCCCGCCGCUUGAAGUACUUUCCGGUAAUCCCGAAAUCAUGGCGGAUAACUGGCGCAAGGUUUUCGACCACAUCCGGGAGGGGACGUUCCAUGCCCCGACCCCGUUAACCGUUAUCCCCGUCCACAAGGUCAAAGACGCAUUUCGACUUAUGCAGCACGGCAAGCACCGUGGUAAAAUCGUGCUGUCUUUUGAAAACAGUAACGAUGAGGUUCCAGUACUGCGAAACCCCAGAACUGCCCUGAGUUUGGAUCCUUCUGGCACAUAUUUGCUAGUCGGAGGUUUGGGAGGUCUUGGUCGGUCGUUGGCGGAGAUGCUAGUCGACUCUGGCGCCCGCAAUAUUGCAUUCAUUUCUCGCUCUGGAAUGACGCAACCGGCGGCCAAAGCCAUUGUUGAACAGCUCUCUGUGCGGCCGAACGUCAACGUUAAAGUAUACGCCGGCGACGUUUCGAACCAAGCAUCGUUGGCCACCGCGUUGAAGAGCUGUAGCGACGAACUACCCCCGAUUAAAGGCGUUUUCCAAAUGGCCAUGGUUCUCCGGGACGCUGUUUUCGAAAACAUGACGGCUGAUCAAUGGACGGCGACCGUUAAGCCCAAGAUCGAUGGUACGCGGAAUCUGCACGAGUAUUUUGGUUCUGACAAGCCCCUGGAUUUCUUCAUCAUGUUCUCUUCCUUGUCCGGCGUUAUAGGUAACCGUGGCCAAGCCAAUUACGCCGCCGGCAACACCUACCAGGACGCCUUGGCCCACCACCGCCGCUCGCUGGGUUUGAACGCCUGCGCCGUUGACCUGGGUAUCAUGCUCGACGUCGGCGUGCUGGCCGAAACCGGGACAGCUGGUGACCUGGUCAAAUGGGAAAGGCUUAUGGGCAUCAAGGAGCCGACAUUCCACGCUCUAAUCAAGACCGUCGUCAAUGGCGGCCGAUCCCCCGAUUUCCCCGCCCAGAUCACCGUCGGCCUGGCCACGGCCGGCGUCUUCCAGGCCGCCGGGAUCCCCUUUCCGGACUGGCUGGCCGAGGCGCGGUUCGGCCACCUGGCAACCACGAGCUCGGACGCCGCCACGGCCGACGCAGGCGCCGAGGGUAACAAGUCGACCUCGGCGUCGCUGCCGGCACAGCUGGCGGCGGCCAAGACCACCGAAGAGGCCCUGACCGCCAUGAUCGACGGACUGGUGGACAGGCUGUCGGCGGUGGUAUCCAUCCCGACUUCCGAGGUUGACACCUCCCGGCCCAUGUACAUGUAUGGCGUCGACUCGUUGGUCGCCAUGGAGUUUAGGAACUGGCUUCAGCGGGAGAUCAAGGCCGACAUUGUACUAUUCGAAGUCUUGGAGGCGGUGCCCAUAACCAAGUUUGCCGAGAAGGUCGUUUCAAGGACUAAGCUGCUGAAGAUUUAA